ACUUGUCUAUCAUAUGGAUCAGUUCAAUCUUUUGAAUUGUUCCCUAUUUCUCCUACUAUUCCUUCUUUUUCUCAAGUUGUUUAGAGUCAGAAAAGGGAACUUACCUCCAUCACCACCAAAGCUACCAAUAAUUGGAAACCUUCAUCAGCUGGGCAGACAUCCUUAUCGCUCGCUUCAAGCUCUCUCUGAAAAGUAUGGUUCUCUCAUGUUUCUGCGACUGGGAUGGACUCCAACUCUUGUGGUUUCCUCAGCAGAUAUGGCCAGGGAGAUAUUUAAGAGUCAUGAUAUCAGUUUCUCUAACAGGCCCAAAUCAACCGCUGCCAAUUUAUUUUUCUACGGAUACAAAGAUGUCGGCUUCUCUCCGUAUGGGGAGUACUGGAGAGGGUUAAAAAGGAUUUGCAUUCUUGAACUUCUAAGUCAAAAAAGAGUACAUGAGUUUCAGUAUGUGAGGGAAGAAGAAGUUGAAAUCUUGGUAAAUGAGGUACAUAAAGCCAGCUCUGCUGAUUUAUCUGUCAAUCUUAGUGACUUGGUCACCUCAACCUCAAACGGCAUAGUUUCAAGAUGCAUAUUUGGAGAAAAGUUUGAAGAUGAAAAUGGGAAGAGCAGAUUUGGUGAACUAACAAGAAAGAUGGCUAAGUUAGUUAUGACUUUCAGUGUGGGAGAUUUCUACCCAGGCUUUGGAUGGGUUGACAAUAUCACAGGCUUAAUUGGACAACUGAAGGAAACUUCUGGAGCACUUGAUACUUUUCUUGAACAGUUGAUUACAGAACACAAGACAGAGAAACGAGAAAGUAGUCAAGACGAUAAAAAAGAUUUUGUGGACAUUCUGCUCCAAGUUCAGCAGAUGGAUGAUCUCGGUUUUGAAUUUACUCAAGACAGUCUAAAAUCAGUGUUACAGGAUAUUUUUAUAGCUGGAACGGAUACUACUUCAUCAGUAUUGGAAUGGACGAUUACAGAGCUAGCGCGAAAUCCAACCAUAAUGAAGAAAGCACAAGGAGAAGUAAGACGAGUGGUGGGAAAAAAGUCAAAUAUAGAUGAUAACGACAUCUUUCAAAUGGAGUACCUAAAAUGUGUCAUCAGAGAAUCCCUAAGAGUCCAUCCACCAGCUCCUCUACUAUUACCUCGAGAAACAUCUGAAGUGGUGAAGUUGGGAGGUUACUGUAUUCCAUCAAAAACCAGAGUAUUUUUCAAUGUUUGGGCGAUUCAAAGGGAUCCCAAAAUCUGGGAAAACCCACAGGAUUUCAUCCCAGAGAGAUUUAUGAACAACCCAGUUGAUUUCAAAGGACAAGACUGUCACUGCCUCCCAUUUGGUGGUGGGAGAAGAAUCUGUCCCGGGAUGAAUUUUGCUUUUGCAUCAAUUGAAUAUGUGUUGGCUAACCUUCUACAGUGGUUUGAUUGGAAGCUGCCUAAUGACAAUUUGAUAGCCAGCGAUUUGGACAUGACUGAAGAUAUGGGGCUCGCUCUCACCAAGAAACAUCCCCUUUUUCUUAAGCCAGUAGAACCAUAUUCAAUUCAAUCAGAUGUCUGAAUGCUGUUCAUUCGCACAUUCUUUUCAGCCCUUAUGUCCAUUACUGUAAUACACAUUCUCGUUAUAUUUUAUUUUGUUAAUCCUGUUCCUCCU